AUGUCCCCGUCGGGCGCCGACAGCGGCGGUACCGUCGCGGAGAAGCUCUUCUGGAUCCUCUUCUACUCCGCGUGCAGCUCCUCCAUGCUCGUCAUCAACAAGCUCGCGGUGGAGGCGGUCCCGCUGCCGACGGUCGUCUCCGCGUCGCAGCUCGUCGUCUCCGCCGCGGUCGUCGUGCUCCUGAGAGCGCUCGGAUACGACGUCAUGGGACCGAUGCAGCGGUCAAAAGUGGUGCCCUUCGCGCUGUACACCGCGAUGUUCGCGGCGGGGUUAUUCAGCAACAUGAAAGCGCUGCUUCUCACGAACGUCGGCGCGGUCAUCGCCGCGCGGUCGUGCCUCCCCGUGAUCGUGUGCCUCAUCGAGUACUUCUUCAUGGGACGCGCGCUCCCGGGCGCGCGCUCGGCGACGUCGCUCGCCGGCGUCGUCUUCUUCGCAAUGACGUACAUCAAGUCGUCCUCCUCCGUGGACGUGGACGGCGCCAGCGGAUACGCGUGGCUGUUCGUGUGGUGGAUGUUGCUCGCGGUUCAGAUGACGUACGGGAAGUGGAUGACGGAAAAGAUCGAGAUGACGCAGUGGGAGCGCGUGUUUUACACCAACGCGUUCGCCGUCCCGCCGACCGCGCUCAUCUUUCUCAGCACUGGGGAGUACAGUCAAGCGAGGGACGUCGUUCUCGGCGAGAACGCGACGCUGUGGCUCCUCGCGUCGUGCGCCAUGGGCGUCGGCAUCUCGUACUGCGGCUGGAAAGUGCGCACCGUCAUCACCGCGACGACGUUCACGCUCGUCGGCGUUUUGAAUAAGAUGGCGACGAUCGCGUUCACCGUGGUGGUGUGGCCGCAGGACACGACGCUCACGUCCAUCGCCGCGCUCGUCGCGUGCAUCUUGUUCGGACUGCUGUACCAAGACGCGCCGAAGCGAAAGACGAAAGGGGUGGGAUCGUCGAAGGGGGGGGUGAUCGGAGGCGGAGGGAAGAGCGGAUUCGCGUGA